GUCAAAACAAGCAUCACGUACCUUUUCGGACGAAAAAUAUCGUGGAUAUCCUAUCGACUUUGUCAUCGAAAUCGAAGAAGUCGAUGCGGCUUUUUAACGAUCGGCUUCUUUUUAACGAUCUGCUGAGCGAAGUAUAAUAUAAAACCCUUGAUUAAUCAGAAAAAUUUAAUUCAAUCAUCGAAGCGCCAUUUUACGACGAAGUGCAAAGUCUUGUUUGAGGAACGCCUAUGUUGUCUGAGCCAGAGUAUUUACAAGUAGAGGUUCGGUAUCCUCGCACUUACAGACAUUUGAACAAGGGAAAAUACACGGAUUAUGAAGUUUACAUAGAGACCAACAGAAUAGCAUUUUCUCGACGAAGCUCUACAGUCCGAAGACGUUUUUCUGAAUUUGUAUGGCUGAGAAAACAACUAGCCAGCCUUGAAGUAAAUGGUCUAGGAAAGGGCAGUGUCCCCGAACUUCCUCCCAAGAAAAUGAUUGGUCGAUUUAAUCCAUCUCUUUUGUCAUCACGACAAGAAGGGCUUCGACUUUUCCUCGAAAGCGUACUUAGUGUCAACAAGUUCCUGUCCUUCAGUGGUUUGCAUUUGUUUUUGCAAUCUCCCAUGACUGUUGAGGAAAUUGAGGAUUUCCUUGGUGGAAAAUACAAGAACAAAAGUGUCGAGGAUGUCAUGGAAGACUUUGGCUGUCCAACAAACACUGACAAUCCUUUUAGAGUGUUUCUGAGAAUGAACAAUGCUGGUCUAUUAAUUAACAACACAGCAGGACGAUCUUUACCAUACAAUCGUUUAUCAUACAAUCGUUUACCUAGCAUUGAUGAACAGGAGGACAAAGUACCCGUUCAAUCAUCAGUGGAUUCAUCUGAAAACUCAUCUGGAAGUUGUUAGAGUGUUUUAUUUACCAAAAACCAUAUUUUAAUGUACAUUGUAAACUACACAUAAAUGAUCUAACUGACAAA